UUAACAUGGCAAAAGUGGAUUUUUGUAAGGCUAGAAUAGCUGCUAACAGGCGAGCAAGAGCUGUAGGCAUGUUUAUUAUUGUGUUGUCUUAACAGGUUUGAAUAGCUAACAGUAUAGCAUGCUAAAGUUUUUGUUUUCAGCACAUUAAACAUUCUCCACAGUUUUCAUGCUAAUGUAAGCAUACUAAUACUUUUGUAAAUAGAAACAUAGUCUAAUAAUUUUAAAACUAAGCAAGCUUUGACAAUGUUGCUGAAAAUAACAUUUUAUGAAGAGAAUAUCCAAGAGUUAUAAACUGACAUUUGGAUUUGUCAAAGUAGCUGUAGCUGUACCUGUAGGCUAACUAGUAACAUUUUCUUGCAUUUAAUUGAACUGCUCCAGUUUCAGUGCUUUGAUAUUGUGCCUGCUGGCUCACCAGUAUGACUUAUUGGGACAUCUAAAUGGAACUAAACUAUUAUUAUUAUUAUUAUUAUUAUUAUUAUUAUUAUUAUUAUUAUUAUUAUUGCUUAAACCUUGUAUUAGUAUAAAUACAAUGGAAAUGCAGCAGUACAGGAAGAGAUGAGAAGUUGGACAGAAUGAAUCCAUAAAAGGCUUUCUCAUGAAACAUGACAUUGCACUACAAUAUUUUAUGCAUAUUUCUGAUAGCUAUAGAGGGUUCUGAGACAGUAAUGACCUGACAGCCAUGUUGCCUCUGCAGCCAGACUGAGCUGGACACUGAGCUUCUCUCUGAUUGGCUGGUUGAUGUUUCUCGUUCCUGUACCGUACAGGAAGUCUCUGUCAUGGAAUACACUGCGUGCCAGGAAGCGCGCUGAAGCCAAGGAUGUCUCCUCGUUGGGGGUUAGAGGCCAGGAGAAUGGCCUCCUCCGUAAGCCCAAAGAAACCACACCCCCUCCCCUGCUCGCCUCCCCCGCCACCAGGGCGAAGGGCAAAGAGGUUCACACUUCAGAUGAGUCAGACUGUGAUGAUGACCUUGACCCAAAGACAGGCAUGGAGCUUCUCAACCCAAACUUCAUCCAGGAAGUGGCUCCAGAGUUCCUCGUCCCUCUGUCAGACGUGGUGUGUGCGUUCGGGGAGACUGUGGUCCUCUGCUGUAAAGUGUGUGGGCGACCUAAACCUUCCGUUACCCUGAAGGGCCCCGACCAGAACCCAGUGACCAGCAACAGCCGCUUCACCAUAGACAUCAGGGACACAGGGGACAUCUUGUUGAAGAUCUGUAAUCUGAUGCCGCAGGAUACUGGGAUCUACACCUGCGUUGCUGUUAACGACCACGGCUCUGCCUCCUCCUCCGCCUCCAUCAAAGUGCAAGGCAUCCCAGCAGCCCCUGGGAGACCUGUGGCCCAGGAGGCCAGUAGCACGUCGGUGAUGGUCCACUGGCCACCUCCGGCUUCAUCCGCUCACUGUGCAGUCAGCAGCUACACUGUGGAGUACAGACAGGAAGACUCGUUGCUAUGGCAGCAGGUGGCGAGCAGCAGAGAGGAGUGUGUUCAGAUCGACACUCUGAUCCCCGGAGGUCACUAUCAGUUCAGAGUGCGAGCCUCCAACCGCUGGGGGGUCGGCCCGCCAUCCGAGCCCUCAAACAUGGUCACACUACCCAGCAGCAACUCUGGGUAUGAUGGGACAGGGAUCCAGUGGAAAGAAAACUUUGAAUCCACCUUCUCAGAGAUCUGUGAGAUUGGAAGGGGGCGAUUUUCAGUGGUGAGAAAAUGUCUCAACAAAUCAACAAAGAAAGAGGUUGCAGUUAAGUUUGUGAGCAAGAAGAUGCAGAAGAAGGAGCAGGUGGCUCACGAGGCUGACGUCCUCCUACAUGUACAGAAUCACCAGCUGGUGGCGCUGGUGGACACAUAUGAGUCUCCCACCUCUCUGAUGCUGAUCCUGGAGCUGCUGGAGGAUGGUCGUUUGCUCGAUUACCUCGUCGCCCACGAUGAGCUGAUGGAGGAGAAGGUGGCGUUCUUCAUCAGAGAAACACUAGAGGCCCUGCAGCACCUUCACACCUGCAGGGUGGCACACCUGGAUCUGAAGCCGGAGAACAUCAUGGUCGACCUCCGCUCUGCUACCCCGUGCAUUAAGCUCAUCGACCUCGGCGAUGCCGUUCAGCUGUCCGCUCACCGCCGCUAUGUCCACCUCUUGCUUGGAAACCCCGAGUUUGCUGCGCCCGAGCUCAUCCGUGGUACGCCAGUCUCUGUCGCGACGGAUGUGUGGAGCGUGGGCGUGCUGGCCUACGUGAUGCUCAGUGGCGUUUCCCCGUUUCUGGAUGAAUCGCCAGAGGAAACCUGCGUCAACAUCUGCCGCCUGGACUUCUGCUUCCCGGACGAAUACUUCCGCGACGUGAGCCAGGCAGCGAGGGAUUUCGUGUCCUCGGUGCUACAGCAGGAUCCCAGGAAGAGGCCAAGCGCUACUUCCUGUCUGCAGCACCCCUGGGUGGGUCGUGGGGGUGCCCAUGGUGGGGAACACUCCAAGACGCCUCUGGACACGACCCGGUUGGCCACAUUCAUAGACCGCAGAAGACAGCUACAUGACGUCCGGCCCAUCACUAAUAUCAAAGGGCUGGUGAGCAGCAGCAUGGGCAACACACUGUGAACGAGAGGAGCUCUCACUCAAUAACAACCCAUCUGUGACCACCAGGGAACCCACAAGAACUCUACAGUAUAUCUGAAGCAUUUAAUUAUCUUUAGUAUUUAUUAAUGUGUGAGUGGGAGAGGAACUCUGUGCCUGGAUCCUUCUUGUGGUGUGGUGAUCUUUUUGCUAGGACCACUACAGUAGGGCCCUCUGGAGCAAACUGAUAAGCAGAAAAAUCUGUGAAAUUUACAGCUGUACAAUAUUUAAUUGCUGACUAACACUUCAUCCGAUCUUCAUUAACCUGGUAUCAAUACAAAGUGGAUCCUAUAAACUACCCAGACACCCCGUGAAGAACCCAAAGAAAUGAGCUCAAAGUUGAGAAGAAUGAGCGUUCAGAAAACUCACUGUGAGCAGGCAUGAUGGCGAGAUAUUGGUUUAUAUUUGUACUGUUUAUUUUUCCAGGGACAGAUGAUAUAUUGGAGGCAAGCGCCGUUAUGUUGAGCUACUCAUGUCUUAUUUACUUGGCUCUGCAGAGGAACACUGGGGGGCAGCACGGAGUCCUGCAGCGAUCGGCCUCGCUAGCUGACCGUCCAGCAGAAUCACACUCACUGAGAAGCAUUUUACCAGCCAUGCUCAGCUAACAAGCUUCAGCUAACUGAACAUAAUAGAAGGUCUUAAGAGUUGUUGACCACUAGAGGGCAGGUUUAGCCCCACAGUGAUAUUCUGCCUGAAAUCAUCCCGUUGGUCAGCAGCAAAAAUGGUAAUGUUUCCGAUGUAUUUGUAGUCAUCUAGUCUGACUCUCAUGAAGGAUUAAAGAGUCUAAACAGUUUCAGAGGGAAUUUGACUGAUCACAGCUGAUAGAUGUGCUAGAGGAGUUAGAAAUGUGCAGCUUUUUAAUGCUGGUUUAGUUGCCGUUAUUAUCCCCAGGCUCUUCUAGUGUUUUUCCAUCCAUUAGCUCCAGUUCUUGAACCGGUUCUGUUCAAGAUUCUUGGAACCUUGGUGCUCUCAAGUGAACCAGCCUAAGUUUGCACCAGUUUUGAGCAGAAACCAUUGUAAUCAACAGAAGGCGCUGCACAACCCUCAACCACCUGUAGAAUAUGACACGCCUACUUUGGUUCCAAAGAAAAACCUGCUAAUAUUUUGGUUCCAGCUGGGAACCAACUUUUUGGGGUUCUGAUCCAAAUAAUUUUUGGUGUAAAUGUUCAAAACUAGGUCCCUGAAUCCGAACGGAGUCGGCUCCCAAAAAGCCAGGGUCAAUGCCCAAGAACACUGACAGCAUACCUGAAGCCUGUCGCACACACAGUAGCUUCAGUGGGAAAGAAGACUGAUAAUUAGGACGAGGACCUGAGUGAUCAAGAAUGUUGUAGGAAGACCUUAUGAAUGAAAUGCGAGGUGUUACAGGGUCCACCUGUCACUCAAUAGCACGGAUAUUUGUGGGCUGAAGCAUCACCACUAACUGAAAACGCCAUAAAUUCAUCUCGCUCGUUCAAACUUUCUGCCGUCAGUUGGAUUGUCUGCACACAGGAAAUGGUCAGUUCAAAAAAGUGUCUCCUAAACGGCAGCAAGCAAGUAACCUGGACUGGACCGCUCAUGUCACCACAGAGGAUUUCUGGAUCAUUGGAUCCAACAGUUCAACAAUGAUAGCUGUGAUUUAAACCACCAACAUGGAAAGUCUUUUGGAUGGGAUGCAACAGGACUGAGGUUUGCUGUGAUAUACCUUUAAUUUAUUGAAUGUUUAUUUAUUUCAGAACUGAGGCUUUGAGUAAAAUCAUGCUUUUAAUUGUGACCUGCACCUGGAGCUGACAUAAGAUAACUGAAUAAAACUGAGCUGAACUUAGCAGCACAGUCCUGGAUAAACAGUGUUGUAGUGAGCUGCUGGAGAUUCCUUGAAAUCACUGACAGAUCUGUACUGAACUGUGCUGGACUGAGAUGAACUUCAGUGGACUGGGUUAAAAUGGGCUGUUUUAGCCAGGGGAAUGAAUGACCUCUUGGAGCAAACAGAGGACUACUGGACCUUACACAGGAUUCGAAAAGACAGAAAAGGCACCAUUGAGACUGAAAUCCUUUCUGUUUAGGACAACUAUAAUUUCUUCGUAUCACUGUUUACAAAUACUUUGUCCAGAAAAAUGCUUAGGUAGUUUACAAAAAUGUAGAAUAAUCAGGGAAAACCUGCAUGUAAAUUCACCAGGGACGGUUUAGAAAUCUGUGUUUCUAGAGCAAAAACCUGUGACCUUUGGUGUUAAGGUGGGUCAUGAAUUCCACCCUUGUACAUUUGUCCACCAGCCACUGUGGCAAGUAACCAACUAUAGUGUUUGGGUCCCAUUCAUUUGGCUUGUAAAAUAGUUUGUGUGGCUGCUGAAUCGGUCUUGGAUUUAGACAGAAGAGUCCAUUUAGGGUCCUGUUUGUACUGAUGAAUGUAAUUUCUCGUAGAAUGUGUUCUGCCAUCACAAGUGCUGUGCAAGUACUGCUUUCACCAAAUGCUUUCGCUUUCACACCACUCCCCUCUGACCGUUUUGCAAGCAUUUAGCAUUCUACAAUAGUAAGCAUUUAUUUUCAUGCAGCCAGGGAUGCAGAAAGGUGCAAAUAUAUGCAACCCGCCGUUCUGUAGAAGCAACUUUCCCCUUUGUGGUCUAGUAUAACAACAUCCAUGCAAAUGUGCAAGUGUAUUAGUUUGUGUUUAUCAGUGCAGCUGUAAUAAAAUCUAUUCAGGUACCAGAGGAACAGCAGUCUGCUGUUUCACCUCAGUUUCAUCUUCUCAGCAGGGACUUUGGAUCAGUAACGUUGGAAAUUUCAGCUUUCCUAAAAGGAAAAUGCAACAGACCGACCCCCCAGGAUGCAGUUCUAGGCAGGAAACACACAAUUUCUAUAUCCUGAGGGGUCUGAGAUACAGUUAUCUCAUCAGCAUCGCAGCACACUCUGUAAUCAUUACACAGCAUUACUUGUAACAUGUUUUAAUCACCUCCUAAUGCACAGAACAGCGUUGUGUUAAAUGGUUAAAAAUAAAUAUGAAAAGUGCGUACAGUUAACUGCUAACUCAACUGAAUAGUUCUGACAACAUCAGUGCUAAAACAAUCAAUCCAUUCAUACAUCGAUAGCGUAAUCACUGUUGAAAAUGUGUAUUUGUUAUAGUUAUUAGUAAACAAAUAAUCACAUUAAUAAACAUGUAAUUAAAUAUGUAAUUUAGGAUUGUUACUGGAGCACAGAGCAAAAAGGGGCGGGACUUAGGAAGGGUCAAUUGAAGGUAAUCCCGAAUGCCUGAAGUAAGCAAAUGUAUGUUGCUUAAAAAGAAAAUAAAUAAUUCUGAAGGUGAAAGAUAUUUAGGGCUAAACAUAAAGCUCAGUUGCAGUCUGCGGUCCCUAACAGGUUACAGGUCAGUUUGAGCAGUGGAUCACAUGGAAACUCUACAGCUUUGUCCCUACAGGGCACGAGUACUUUUCCCUUUGUUUAAAUUUCACCUGAGAAAGUCAAAUCUGUGCUCUGCAUUUUAUUUUAGCCUAGCACUCAGGGUCUCCAUGAGCCAUAGACUAUAACCCAGCCUUCAAAAUGCAUAUUACAGCAAUUCACCCAAAUAUUUAAGCUGUACUGAGGUCUGUAUUUCUGUCUUGUUAAAAUUGUUAAUAGUUUCCUGUAAAGACAACAAUUCAUCUGCAACCUCUGGAGUAAGAUCUUUUUAAAUACUGUUUUCCUGCUAUUUCAUGAUUGAAAUAAAUGUUUCCCAGUCUGCCUAUCAGGAUUUAAAAUGACAAUGAAAAUACUAAAAUAUGAUGACGCAGUAGUAGUGUUCAGUAUGUACAGCAUGUAUUUCUGUCUAAAACCAGAACAGCUUCGCCCUCUGAUUGCUUCAGUCAUUCUCUUAACCCCGGUCUGACCUGCACAGCAGCAGAGGCUUGGUUUUAACGCUCUGAAGAGCUGAUCUGUUGGUUGUCUAAACCACAUGAUAUAACGAGGGAAUCUGCUACUGAAUCAAAACACCAGUAAUGCCAUUGUCCAAUCCAAGCAACCUGUGCUUCUGCUGGCCCUAGAAAGUUUGAGGCAUCACUCUUUAACCUUUGGCCCUCCGGUAUUCACAUGCUUCCUCUGUCUUAUCCAAGGUGUACAACUGCAAGCUAUAUGCUUACCUUUGGGCUUGGCUCCUGACUCUGAGAAAAACAUAUGGACAGAAAGAAUUACAUAUGGAUGUAUGCUUCAAAAACUGAUCACUACAACCAGUUUAGCAUUUUGGCUGAGAUGUUUAAAACCGGUAUAGUCUUCAGUAUAAUGCCAGUGGUGGAAGAAGUUCUCAGCAAGUAAAAGCAUCACACUGAUACAUGGAACAACUCCAGCUCCUAAUAAUCGCACAGUAGUUGAUGGAAACAAGCAUUCAUUCGCAUUUUAUUUUGCCAAUUGACAUUUGGUUGGAAACUUGCAGAAUGUAUCAGAAUGUUGCAGCUGGUAAAGUGGAGCUAAUUUGAAAUACUUUAUAUACUGCUGGGUAUCCUCUGAAUCCCCCCUGGGAUUGAUAGGUCUUAUCCUAUCAGACCUAUAACAAAAAAGAACGUAUAAUAUUGAUUAUAUUUUGUAUUAAUGUGAAUCUAAAAAGUAAUUGGUAAUUUAACCAUUAUUGAAUAAAAUAAAUGUAGUAGAGUAAAAAGUACAAUAUUUCUGUCUGAAUUGUUGUGCACUAGAAGUGUAUUUAGUACCUCAAAACUGUACCUUCUUGAGUAAAGGUACUUAGUUACUUUCCACCACUGGUAAAUGCGUACAUCUCUUCAAGUCACAGUACAACAUGAUCACUGCUGCGGUCAGGUGUCCCUGCCGUCCUCUGUCGUAGACACAACCUCAGAUCUUCUCCUCUAAAGGGUUCAACUCUAGGCCGCCUGUCCCAGUGUCCAUUCAGUCCCAAUCCCACAAUGCAUCUGUCAUGGCUUGGUGAGCCACGUAGCACCGUGGUGGCUCCACCCUGUUGAAUGCUAGUCUGUGCUGUGUCCUGGUAGUGUCCAUGCUGAGCUUUGUCCAAACAUUAUGCUGAUGGCUUCAUGUUGCUGUGUGAAGCAGCACACGUCUGUAUAGGCUGCCUCUUCUUACUCCAUACAACCUGCUGGUUUGUUACUCUUUACUAAUA